AGUGUCACAUUGUUCAGUUCACAUUGAACCUUUUUUGAUAUUGUCAAAAUGUUAACCUAAAAUUAUUUUAAUAGCAUUAAUAUUUAGUAUUUUGAAUAGGCUAAGUUACAAAAUUUAGUUAGAAUUAAAUUCUACGAGUGAAGUUAUUUGAAUAAUUGCAAAAAUGGAUUCAUUUAUGGAUUUUUAUUUUGAAGAAGUGUUUACUACUUUGGAUCGAGAUGGUUUGAACGAAAGGUUUAAGAGGCGGGAACUGGUGGAGUAUUUCAAUACAGUGAUAGCCGGGUGUGCAAAAGGUCAAAAUAAAUCUGACAACGCAACCUGCAAGAAUUUCGUCCUGUCAGCUCUGAAAUACCAUAAUAGUUGCAAAAGUACCAACGGCGACGUAUGUCUCAUGGGAAAAUACCACAAUCUCCUGUAUAUAGCCAUGAAACUGUCAUUUGAUUGGAGUUUACAAGACAAUGGUGUCGUUGCUGCGUUGCUGGAUGAAAUGUACGCAUGUGAAAGGACUUUUGAAAGGAUAUUUUUAGGAGCUAUAUUCGGAACAUCAGCGCCAUACUUCCUAGCGGGUUGGAAAUCAGAUUUCAUGGAUAAAGAAGAAAAUGUGCACGCACUAGUCUUCUUUCUCGACCACGCUACAAACGCCAACUUAGAAUAUAGAGAAGGAAAUAAAAUGUACCGUUUUAUAGACGUGCCUUUAGAAAGCUGCGGUCGCGCAAGUCCAGUUAGAGUCGUCAUACAAAUGGGUGCAGCAGAAAUGCUGAUGAUUUUACUAAGAUUCGGAGCAAGAGUUACUGAUGAUAAGGCUGCUACUAAUCCUGUAGAAUCAAUACUAGAUCGAUUAAAAGAGUACAACAGAGUAUACCCUUAUGAACUAGUUACGUGUUUGAAACUGGUUUUAAGAGCUGUUCCUAGCGUAAAUUUUACUGUUGAUAAGAAUUCUUUGAAGCACUUAGAUCUUCCAGAUGAUUAUAACUAUCAAAGGAAGGUGGCGUUAGAAAACUACAAAGAAAUUCUAGAUGAUCGUCUGAUUAAAAGUUCAAGGUGUGGAUUGAAACCAGUGGAGCUGAAACAUCUCUGCAGGUGUAAAGUAAGACAAAUUUUGUGGCAGAAUUUUGAACUACCAUUCGGUAUACAAAAGCUUCCAAUACCUACAGCGUUGAAGAGAUAUUUGGAUUUGUUUGACGAUUAAAUUGUUUUGAAAUA